CAUGUGAUUUGGCGAUAUCUAUGCCACGUAGGACGUAACGGUCUAAGAUAAGAUGUGGUCACCUGAACAGCUUAUUCAGGAUAGGACUCCUCGUCCCCAUAUUAUGUAGCUCGACACCAAGUUCAUUUUUCUAAUCCCCUUGAAUCUGUUUUCUUUCUGCCAUUGAUAUUCAACAUGUCUGUUCAAAAAAUCAACAGUCCAGAAAGGCCGCUAGCACCUAUGUAUUCACAUGCGGUGAAGAUUCCGGGCCUUAUCUUCUGCAGCGGACAAACCCCUGUGGAUAGUACAGGCAACGUGGUCCCAGGGGACGUCAAAGCCCAUACUGUUCAAUGCCUCUCUAACUUGACUGACGUACUGAAAGCCGCUGGUUCGUCAUGGGACAAAGUGGUGAAAGUGAACAUUUACCUCAAGAGCAUGGGCGACUACGCAGCCAUGAACGAGGAGUAUAUUAAGUUUCUCCCAAACCCUAAGCCGGCUCGUACAUGUAUCCAAGCUGGGGGGUUGCCUCACGAUGUAGACAUAGAGAUCGAAGCGAUUGCUGCAGUUUGAUUGUUGUACUCGUGAUUUUCCAAGAAUUAUUUUCAGGCUUGUCAACAUAAGUUACCUGCUGCUUGAUUCCGAGGUGAUAAGACUCCAUUCGAACAGAGACCUAGUACCCAUGGCACAUACUUGGACGAAAAAAGCGUC